AUGCCCAUGUACCAGGUAAAGCCGUAUCACGGGGUGAGUGGAUCGCUGUGUGUAGAGCUCCCCACCUGCAUGUACCGAGUCCCUAAUAUACACGGCAAGAACCGAGGCUCAGCCUUCACCGUGGGCCCGGCAGGGCACGUGCAGGAAGAGGCUGAUCCAUCUCUUCAGGCCCUUGAGUCUCGCCAAGAAGAGAUUUUAAAACGUUUGUAUGAAUUGAAAGCUGCUGUUGAUGGGCUCUCCAAGAUGAUACAAACUCCAGAUGCCGACUUUGAUGUGACAAACAUGAUCCAAACUGAUAAAUAUACUACUUUAACGACAAGUGCAGUAGACUUAGAUUCAAUGCUUGGGAAGGAUUAUGGAGCAUUGAAAGAUAUUGUGAUCAAUGCAAACCCAACUGUGCCUCCACUUUCCUUGUUGGUGCUACAUAACUUCCUUUGUGAACACUACAAGAUAUUAUCAACUGUUCAUGUGCAUUCAUCUGUAAAGAAUGUUCCUGAAAAUCUUAUGAAGUGUUUUGGAGAAGAGGCCAAGAAACAAUCACGUCAUGAGUAUCAAUUGGGUUUUACCUUAAUUUGGAAGGAUGUGCCAAAGCCCCAGAUGAAGUUCAGUAUUCAAACAAUGUGUCCUAUUGAAGGUGAAGGGAACAUUGCUCGGUUUUUAUUCUCACUGUUUGGCCAGACACAUAAUGCUGUUAGUCUAACACUUAUAGAUAGUUGGAUAGACAUGGCUCUUUUUCAGUUGAGAGAAGGAAGCAGUAAAGAAAAAGCAGCUGUCUUACGCACCAUGAACUCUGCUCUUGGCAGAAGUCCCUGGCUGGUGGGAAAUGAACUCACUGCAGCAGACAUUAUAGCUUGGUGUGCACUUCAGCAGUCAGGUAGUUCUAAUUCUGUUCCAGCCAAUGUGCAAAAAUGGAUGAAAUCGUGUGAAAAUUUGGCCUCUUUUAACAUUGCCGUGAAACUCCUGAAGUAAAUCCUUAGAAUACGUUUUUAAAGGGGCAUAACUGAAAAGUAGUACUGCCUCAUGCCUGCUCAUAAAUGUACUUUUACUAAAGUUGAUGACUUAUGGCCAGAUGUCAAAAACCAAUAAAAUUAUUAUAGAA